CACAGGGAAAACAAAAACUGACUCAUUCGAUGGAAACCUUAGUGGAAGCGGCGCUCCGAGUUCUGAACACCGGCGACCCCUUCGAGAAGGCGCGACUCGGCGACGCCGUUGCUUCGCGGUGGCUCGAUGGCGCCAUGGCGGAGCCCUACCACCCUUCCGGCGAGCUCAUGGUCCCUGAUCGACCCGCGAGGCUAUCCUCUGUGAAGUUGGUGGCGCCAGGUCUGAUGCCGAAGCUGGGCAAAGCGGGUAGCUUGCAGAGCAGGAUAGCCAUCGUUCAUAGCCUUGCUCACACUGAAAGCUGGGCCAUUGACUUGUCUUGGGAUAUAAUAGCACGUUUUGGCAAGCAAGAGUCAAUGCCUAGAGAAUUCUUUACAGAUUUUGUGAAGGUGGCACAGGAUGAAGGGCGACACUUCACUCUUCUUGCUGCACGACUUGAGGAGCUAGGUUCUUAUUAUGGAGCAUUACCGGCUCAUGAUGGCCUUUGGGAUUCUGCUACUGCUACUUCCCAGGAUUUACUAGCACGGUUAGCUGUUGAACAUUGUGUCCAUGAGGCCAGAGGACUUGAUGUGCUGCCUACAACAAUCUUACGUUUCCGCAACAGCGGUGACAACACUACAGCAGAUUUACUAGAAAGCGUAGUUUAUCCAGAAGAGAUUACUCACUGUGCUGCUGGAGUAAAGUGGUUCAAGUAUCUAUGUCGGAGGUCUACGAAUCCAGCCUCAGAGCAAGAGGAAAGAGGAAGUAGAACAGAGGAGGAGCACGAACAUGAAGUGAUAUCAAAGUUUCAUGCAAUAGUGAGAACAUAUUUUAGAGGACCUUUAAAACCACCCUUUAAUGAGGAAGCGAGAAAAGCAGCUGGAUUUGGUCCUCAGUGGUAUGAACCUCUUGCUGUUAAAGAAGUUGAUUCCCAAUAACUAACUUAUCUCCUUAAAUCCUUAAUUUAAGUACCAGGUUCUUGCUCCAUACUUCUUGGGCAAUUGUAACACAAUAUAGCAGUUUUGGAUCUUUUAUGUUUCAAAUUUUAUCUUCUUUUUCAAACGAUUUAUGAUGCUGGCCGAAAGCAUAACAAUAA